GUGAAACAUAAUUGCAUUGAGAGUGGGGCAUAUCUCAUAAAAUCCUUCUCCACUGAAGCCACUAUUUACAGUACUAGUUCAGAGCUUGACAGCAUCAUUUCGCAAUGAAGACACUAUCCCUUUUAACAUUCCUGCUAGGAUGUUUUAUCCUGGCUAGGGCACACACGUAUCACAUGGGCGCUUGCCCCAUCGUGGAACCAAUGUCCGGAUUUCAAAUGAACAAAUUCUUAGGUGUAUGGUACGUAAUCCAAAAAACAUCGACCGCCAGCAAAUGUAUCACUUACAACUAUACCCGUGGAGAAGAGCCGGGUGAAUACGUUAUAACGCAAGAUUCUGAUCAUCCAGUAUUAGGUCUUACGCCAUUGAAGCACGAGUAUCAUUACACCGGUGAAUUGACCGUACCGGAACCAAGUACGCCGGCUCGAAUGCAAGUUCGUUUUCCUCUUAGUAUAGCUGGAAGUGCGUCUCACGUAGUAUUCGCAACAGAUUACGUGAACUACGCGGGUAUCUUUACAUGCCAGAAGCUGACGUUUGCCCAUCGUCAGAGUGCGACGAUCCUUUCCAGGCAUCGAGAAUUGGACAAGCAAUCCGUGGACAAUCUACGUCAAAUGCUGACUUAUUACGGUGUGGAUCCUUUCGACUUGAGCAUCAUUUCUCAAUCAGGAUGUCCUCAUGGCAAUAAUACCCUGGACAUCAACGUAGAUCCAAAUACUUUCUCAGCUGAGAAUCUUGGAAAUGUGGUCCGUAAAGCUGGAGAGAAACUAGGAGAUGGUGUCCAAUGGGUGGCCAAUACAGGAAGCAAAGUGUAUCACAAAUUGACCGGAAGCGAAGAAAAGAGCACGAGCAAACCUGAAGAAAACACCAGAGCAGCUAUUACGAAGAAUUACGAAACGAACGAAGUCGAAUGGAUACCAUAGAUUUAAGUUCACUUUAAAUGCGCCGAUCUUGAUGAAUGAAGGAUGAAUGUUUUUUUCCUAUUUUUUUUCUAUAUUCGCUUUUUCGUCGAGAGGACAUUUCUAUUCUUUCCUUUGACUGAGUUUGCUGAAAUAAUCGAUAAAAAAAUAGACAAAAACGAAAGACUAUGUAACGAACAAAACCAUACUUUUGUUUUUUUUUUUAUAUAAUCGAAAUAAAAUAAAGUUCUUUGGUAAAAUGAAA